CCGCGGCGGUAGGCGGGGCGGCCCGGUUGCUAAGACUAGGAGAAGCGUGGCGUUCGCGCGCGCGUCCCACAGUCGAACCUCGCUAAGGAUGGAGCCUGCCUCGGGCCCUGCAGAGCAGCCUGAGCCUGAGAAGGCUGGAAGUGAGGAGCAAGAGCCGGCGCAAUGGCAAGCCCUCCCUGUCCUGUCGGAGCAGCAAUCGGGGGCCAUGGAGCUGGUGCUGGCCUAUGCUGCGCCAGUCCUAGACAAGCGCCAGACGUCCCGUCUCCUCCGGGAGGUAUCCGCCAUCUAUCCACUUCCAGCCCAGCCCCACCUCAAGCGGGUGCGCCCCAGCCGCAGUGCCAGCGGCUCUCACGCAUCGGAUCUGCUGCUGUGCCUGGCAGGGCCCUCUGCGGGCCCACGCUCGCUGGCUGAGCUCCUCCCUAGGCCGGCUGUGGACCCUCGUGGCCUGGGCACACCUUUCCUGGUGCCUGUGCCUGCCCGGCCGCCCCUCACCCGGAACCAGUUUGAGGAGGCACGGGCCCACUGGCCCACAUCCUUCCACGAGGACAAGCAGGUGACCAGCGCACUGGCCGGACAGCUCUUCUCUGCGCAGGCGCGAGCAGCCAUGCAGCGCCAUAUGGAACAGGCGGUGCGUGCCGCCCAGAGGGCAGCUGGCCAGGGUCUGCGGGCAGUGGGCGCUGUCGUGGUAGACCCAGCUUCAGACUGCGUGCUGGCCACUGGCCAUGACUGCAGCAACAUGGCCAGCCCCCUGCUGCACGCAGUCAUGGUGUGCAUUGACCUGGUGGCCCAGGGGCAGGGCCGUGGCACCUGUGACCUCAGACAGCAUCCAGCUUGCUCCUUCACCCCGGCCACCACCGCCCAAGGUGCACGGGCAGGCAGUGUGCGCAAGUUGGAUGAGGACGAGGAUGGCAUGCCCUAUGUGUGCACCGGCUAUGACCUGUACGUUACUCGCGAGCCCUGUGUCAUGUGUGCCAUGGCUCUCGUCCAUGCCCGCAUCCAGCGUGUUUUCUAUGGGGCGUCCUCUCCAGAUGGCGCCCUGGGCACACGCUUCCGUGUCCAUGCACGGCCAGACCUCAACCACCGCUUCCAGGUGUUUCGCGGUAUCCUCGAGGACCAGUGCCGCCAGCUGGAUCCCGACCCAUAGGCCUGGUCACCUUCCGCUACUAGACUGUUCCCUGCUCCUGGCCAGUCCACAUCCCUUAAGCUCCAUGGCCUAGGGGCCCCACCCUUUGGGUGUGUCAGUGUGUGAGGCCUCUGAGCCCUGAGACGGUGACCUCUUCUCUGCCAGCUGCAGUGACCGACCGUGAGGCUCAACCCUGCUUAUAAGCCCAAUGGCUGACUUAACAGUCCCCAUGGUCCCUCCAGGCUCGGGGCAGGGAGCAGCCAUGGUGUGUGAAAAUAAAACACCUCAAACCAA